CCAUCUCUAAUUGUUGUCAAAUAAAAACAACAUUACUCGAGUUUUCACUCAUAUCUGAUUAUAAUUGAAAAUGGCGAAUCCGAACGCACCAAGAGGAGCUCUAAGCUUGCAGAAUGUGCUUAAAUAUACGGUGCAAAAUACGGACCAAAAUGCAGAGCAAACGCCAAACGAGGCAGCAGAUGAUGUUGAGAAAAAUCAAUUUUUGGAAAAUGUCUUGAGUGCAAUGACAACCGAUGCCGCGACAGCUCUGAAAGCAGCUUUGGUUAUUUUAAAUAGUGACGAAGCCACCGCAGACGACAAAUUGGAAAGUUUUGACGUUAUAAGGAGCCACAUUGAUGACAUCGACAAUGCCAACUCCCUGGUGAAGCUGGGAGGAACCACAACCUUACUUCGCUAUGUAAAGGAUUCGGAAAGUGAAAUAAGAGUAUCGGCACUCAAUACGGUUGCUGAAAUGGCACAAAAUAAUACGUUUUGCCAGAAUGCUCUCAUAACUGAGAAAUUUCUGCCCGCACUCACCAAAAACUUGAGUGAAGCGAAUGAAGAUAUUGUACGCAGUUCCAUAUAUGCGAUUUCAUCGCUUAUACGAAAUUUUCCGCCGGGAUACAAAGAGUUCAAGCACAUAAAUGGUAUCAAAGCCUUGGUACCUUGCUUAAAGUCCCCUAAUUCUAAUGUCUACAUAAAGGCAGCUUUUCUUAUAGCUUCGCUAUCAUCUCGCGACAAAGAUGCCAGAGAUGACUUCGUCAAAGCAGAAGUAUUCCCUGUGCUCUUGGAGAAUCUGAAGCUCGUUAAAGAGUUUGAUGUGAAGCAAGAAACUACUCUGUUCGCACUUUCGUCUCUGUCUCUGGAAUCAGAACUGAAACUAUCAACAGAAAAACGCAAAGAAAUAUUGUCUAUACUCCAGCAAAUUAUCUCCAAAAACAAACAGACGGAAAACUGCGAGGACAUCGUUAACUAUGCCAGAAAUAUUGUUGACAACUUGAACGCACGAUGAGCAAGUUGUAAAUACGAAUAAAUGUUAACUAUUAUAAUUACAAAAUUUUCCAAUUGAAA